AUUGCUCAAAGGAAAACCUGCAGCUGUAAUAAGAAUUUCUAGAGCUAGCGAUUGAUAUUGCUCUGCAUUUUCUGUGAGUGAUGGUGGAUGCCUCCAUCAUUGAGUCGGUAAUCUCAAGCGUUGCCCGGUCGCUGUCCGUCGCCCCCUCGUCGUUAUCAGACCCCGCUUCAUGGCAUCUUCUCUCUUUACGAGAACGUUUGUAGGGUUAAAAUCGAUUCGAUCUUCGCCUUGCUUACUCAAGGAGUCGAGAUAUUUCACUUCGUUUUUAAGGGGUAGAGCAUCAUUUGCUCGUGUGCCUUAUCCAUCCUUGGUUUCUUCUACUAAUUUUAUCCAUUGCUCGGCAAGUAGAUCACCUGGUGCGAAAGUCUCGAAGUCAUUUCAUUCAAUGGCUCAUGAUGAAUCCAUUGUUUCUCCAGAUUGGCUGCAAUCUAAUCUGAGGAACCCUGAUGUCAAGGUAUUGGACGCUUCUUGGUACAUGCCAGAUGAAAAGCGCAAUCCCUUUCAAGAGUAUCAGGUUGCUCAUAUUCCCGGUGCUUUAUUUUUUGAUGUUGAUCGGAUCUCUGACCGCAAAUCAGAUUUGCCUCAUAUGUUGCCAUCAGAAGAAGCUUUUGCUGCUGCUGUUUCUGCUCUUGAUAUCCAUAACAAAGACGGAGUCGUUGUUUAUGAUGGAAAAGGGCUUUUCAGUGCAGCACGUGUGUGGUGGAUGUUCCGAGUUUUUGGACAUGACAAAGUUUGGGUAUUGGAUGGAGGUUUGCCGCUUUGGCGUGCUUCAGAGUUUGACGUUGAAUCAAGUGCUUCCGGAGAUGAGGUUUUGAAAGCUAAUGCUGCAAUUGAAGCAGUUGAAAAGGUGUACGGACAUCAAUUUGUUGGUCCUACAACUUUUGUGGCAAAACUCCAGCGUCAUUUGAUCUGGACCCUUGAACAGGUUAGAGGAAACAUUAAUAGUCAAACUCAUCAACAUGUAGAUGCUCGAUCAAAAGUAAGAUUUGAUGGUGCUGCUCCUGAACCACGCAAAGGAAUUAGAAGCGGCCAUGUACCUGGAAGUAAAUGCAUACCUUUUGGACAGGUGAGCCAUAUACGGUGGAUUAUUUUAGUUUUUAAAUUUCGUGUCACUGUUCAAAUUAGUUUAUUUUACUGAGUUGUCUCCUGCAAA